UCACGCCCCCGCCGCCAUCAUGCUCCGCCGGUUGCCCCGCGCUCUCCCCCGCCUGCCGCCCGCCGCCGCGGCCGCCCGCUCCGUGGUGACGGCCGUGCCGCUGGCCCACGUGGAGGUUGGGGAUCGUGGGGACCGGCCGCCCGUGGUGCUGCUCCACGGGCUCUUCGGCAGCCACGGCAACUUCAGCACGGUGGCCAAGACCCUGGUGCGCCGCGGCAGCGUCAAGGCAGGUGCUGACACCAGAUGCCCGGAACCACGGCGACAGCCCCCACAGCCCGCUGAUGACCUACGAAGCCAUGAGCCUGGAUGUGCAGCACCUCCUGACCCGCCUGGGCAUCACCAAGUGCAUCCUCCUGGGACACAGCAUGGGGGGCAAGACGGCCAUGAUGCUGGCCUUGCAGCGGAGAUCUCAGCUGGCAUCCAUCCAUCCUGCUUGUGUCCCCAGCCAGACCUGGUGGAGCGCCUCAUCUCCGUAGACAUUAGUCCCGUCUCAUCCACACCCGUCUCUGAAUUCUCUGCCUACAUCUCUGCCAUGAAGUUGGUGAAGAUCCCGGAUGGCCUGUCCCGCUCUGCGGCCCGCCAGCUGGCUGACGAUCAGCUGCGUCCCGUGGUCCAGCUCCCACAGCUGAGACAGUUCCUCCUCACCAACCUGGUGGAGGUGGAAGGCCACUACACCUGGCGGGUGAACCUGGAGGCUAUUUCCCACCACUUGGCAGAUAUAAUGAACUUCCCUGUCUUCCACGAGCCAUAUCCUGGCCCUGCGCUCUUCUUGGGAGGAUCUAACUCACCCUAUAUCAGCUCCAAAGACUACCCGGAGAUCCAGCGCCUCUUCCCCAAGGCAGAUGUCCAGUACAUCAAAGGUGCAGGCCACAUAGUCCAUCAGGAUAAAUUUGAAGAUUUCAUCACUGCUGUCCUCAAUUUCCUGCCACCACCAUAGCACUGGGGACCGAGGUUUCUGCCAGCACCGCGUAGGACCUGAGGAGCUCCAGGCAGUGACGUGGGGCUCUGUGAGAAGGGGCUCGGCCUGGACCAGCUGCCUACUUUGUAUUAUGAUCCUGCCUGCAAGGCCUUCUCCCACCCCAGGUCGCCUGGAGCCAGAGCGGAGAGGCACCUCCGUCCCACCAAGCUCUCCUGCUGCCCUCGCAGGGUCUCAGGGUGGCACUGGUCCAGGACACAGCCUGUCCUGCCUGCGCUGGAGUGUCUCGAACACUGGGAGGGGGCAGGAGAGCCCUCUCAUUUUCCUGCUGCCAGACCACCUGGUUGUGGAUCUGGCUGUGACUUUGCAGAAUGUGCAAUAAAGCAGAAUCCAUGCCAAGGCA